AUGCCACCCUCUGAAGACCUCACCGACGAGGUCGAGGCCAUGAACUCCAUCUACGGCGACGGUACGCUCGUGCUUGUCGAUGGCGACCACAGCAGCGGUAGCGGGGGUGAUGGCAGUGGUACGCUCGCCAAUCUGGCCAUUCCCAGGUCCGCAGACGACGUGGCUGGUGCUAGCGCUGGUGACGGAAAUGGCACAGACGGUACCACGGGAGCCUCGACGGCGCAUCGUAUGAGCUUGCGUCUCUGGUUUCCGCCUGCCUAUCCUGCGUGUCCAGACCCGCCAGUCGUUCUCGGUGUGCAAAGCGUGGGCGACAAGGCGGGCCACCGGCGACCCGGCGCGGCAGCACACGACGCCGAACAGGUUGGUGCCGCUCUGGCGACGGCAUUCCAGGAAGGCCAAGUCUGCCUAUUUGACGCCGUCGAGGAAUUUCUCCGACAGAAGGGCGAGGAGGUAGAGGAGGGCGUGCACAACGAAGCAGCUGCGGACGACGACCGGGCUGCAUCUCCACCAUCUCCACGGCCAUCAACCGCACAGCAUCUGACCGAACCGCCGCCGUGGGUCACGACCGAGCCCGUCGUCGAGCUCAAGUCGACGUUUCUCGCGCGCUGUGCAGCCGUGCGCUCGCCCGCCCAGGCAGCCGCGUUCAUCCAGCACCUCAAGGACACGGACCGACGCGUGCGGACGGCAACACACAAUAUGACGGCAUGGCGGAUACGAGAUGAAGGAACGGGCGUAACGUACCAAGACUGCGACGACGACGGCGAAACGGCGGCCGGCGGGCGCUUGCUGCACCUGAUGCAGCUGAUGGACCUGUGGAACGUCGUCGUGGUGGUCACGCGCUGGUACGGCGGGCACAAGCUGGGCCCGCGGCGAUUCGCGCUGAUCAACCAGGCGGCGCGCGAUGCGUUUGUGCAGGCAGGCCUUGUGGCCGUGGCCGAGCCAGGAAAGAAGAAGAGGUGA